AUGGACGAGUCGUUUUCAUUUCCUUUGCCAAAGUCCCUGGACACUCGCGUCCACAUUCGACUCAUUACAAAAUCCAAGGUGCUCAUGGUACACCUCACCACGGUCUCUGCCGAGGAAGCUGGCAAUGCGGUACCCUUGGGUUCAAUGGUCUAUGCUCUGCCAGAUCGAUUCAAUCCCAGCGUGCCAAUUUCGACACCAAUUUACAAGGAGGAACCAACGUUUGACUUUGCUACUCGAGUCGCCAAAAUCUUGGUCAAGAAGACACAAAUGCAUGUCUACGUAUCCAACUCCAUCAGCCUGGCCAGUACAGGUCUGGGAGGAACGUUUGAGGAGGAGAUGGAGGCGUUCAAGAAGGUGGUCGAAGUGACUCUGAGCAAGCUUCAACAUCUAACGACACCUGCAAGCAGCAUGCCUAAUGGCACAAGCGAGGCCUAG